CUCUUGCGUUCUUGAAGGUGUGUUUUUCUUCGUGUUGCCGUUCAAACCCUAGGGCACCGACACCACACAAUUUCUCUCCAAAAACAAUCCCACGACUUCUCCAAACCCACCCUUAAAUCUUCUGAAGUCCGAGCAACUGAAUUAGGGUUUUUGUUCAAGUUGUGGCACGCCUCUCCUCCACCAAACAUUUCUUCAACAUGGACGCCCAGAGAGCUCUUCUGGACGAACUCAUGGGUUCAGCUCGUAAUUUGACGGAGGAAGAAAGAAGAGGAUACAAGGAAGUUAUGUGGGAUGAUAAGGAGGUUUGCGGGUUCUAUAUGGUUCGCUUUUGCCCACAUGAUCUUUUCGUAAAUACACGAAGCGACCUUGGUCCUUGCCCUAGAAUACAUGACCAGAAAUUGAAAGAAAGCUUUGAAAACUCACCAAGGCAUGAUGCUUAUGUUCCCAAAUUUGAGGCUGAACUUGCUCAGUUUUGUGAGAAAUUGGUAAUGGACUUGGAUCGGCGUGUUAGGCGUGGACGUGAGCGUCUUGCCCAAGAGGUUGAACCUGCACCACCAACUCCACUGUCAGCUGAGAAGUCAGAGCAGUUAUCUGUGCUGGAGGAAAAAAUAAAGAAUUUACUGGAACAGGUGGAGGCCCUUGGUGAAGCGGGUAAAGUGGAUGAAGCUGAAGCACUGAUGAGAAAGGUGGAUUUACUUAAUGCUGAGAAAACAGCAUUGACUCAACAAACCCAAAAUGACAAGGUAUUGAUGCUUGCCCAAGAGAAAAAAAUGGCUCUCUGUGAGAUAUGUGGUUCUUUUCUUGUAGCAAAUGAUGCUGCAGAGAGAGUUCAGUCACAUGUCACAGGUAAGCAGCAUGUUGGUUAUGGCAUGGUCAGAGAUUUCAUCUCUGAGCACAAGGCAGCAAAGGAGAAAGCAAGGGAAGAAGAAAGAUUAGCCAGGGAGAAAGAGGCAGAAGAACGGAGAAAGCAAAGAGAGGAGAAUGAGAGAAGAAAGGGUGGUGACUCUAGCGAGAGGGACAGAUAUCGUGACAGAGAGCGAGACAGGGAUCGAGAUAGGCAUCGUGAACGAGAUCGAGACCGUGGGUCUAGAAGAGGUAGUCGUGAUGAUGUAAGAGGAAUGGAUUGGAGGUCUAGGAAUGGAAGGGAUGGAGGCCGGGAUAGGUAUCGUGAUCGGAGCAGGUCAAGAUCCCCUAUAAGGCAUGGUCAUAGGAGAUCAUCUAGAAGUCCGGUGCGGCCAUAAUUAUGAACUGUGUUAAGAGAUGUCCGAGCUUUAAAACUAAAUGAGGUAGAUCUCUUCAUGUUCGAAGCUUAUGAAUGUAUGCUUUGGUACCUCAAGUUACUUUGUCAGUAUUGGUGAAACUUUUUUUGCUAUCUCACAGCUGUGUUGACUGUAUCAUCUCCCUUUCAUCAUUAUUAUUAGAGGAGAAAAGGGUUGAGGUAGGUAUUUUUUGUUGUUAUAACUCUUUAAGUAUAAUUUAGACUUUUGAUUUGCACAUCUUUUAUACUAGAUUCUUAUAAAAAAUUGUGCAAGUGUCUUCUACAUUUUCAUGUUGAGUGGAGCUUUCGCUACUUCAGUGUUUGUCAUGUGUUUAAUAGGACAGGAUCAAAAUAUAUGCAUGCUGAGAGGGCUGACGUUUAUUUUCUCGUUUUUGAGGUAACAUAUAAAUCUCAUCUCUUUUCUAAGAACACGUGAUCGCCAGUUGUUGUUAUCAACCCUGUAUCUGGGAAGUGUCUCGUUCUUCUUAAUAAUGUAUAUUACUAGUAGUGCCUAUAGUCCAUGUUUUUUUGACAUAGAGACCAUGUAGAUCUAGCUUUUCAAAGCAUUUUAACCAGUACCUUUGUCUCAUUGAAGAUUAUCUUCUGGGAUUUUUCAUUGAAUAGUUUUUCUUUCUAUUAUCUCGUGGAGUAUAGAAUCUAGGGGAGCCUGGGUAAUAUUAGCAUCAUGGUGGAACAUGCCUUCUUUUCUUAGCAGAAUGGAAGUUUUGGUUACAUAAAUGGAGCUCGAUACUUACUAAAAGGAGAGGUAUAACCUUUAUUUAGUACAGUGCUUUCCACAUCAAAAUUCUGGUUUGAUGAAAGAAGUGGGGGAAGAAGUAUGACGUAGCAUGAAAUAUACAACUUGUGGUGACUGAAGGUAAUUUUUACUGUUAAUCUGUAAAAUAGCAUGAUCUUUAAUCCAUAUAGUUUGCAGGAAAUGUAUUGGGCGAGUUUUUUGAUUGCUACUGGUGGAUACAAACCGUCUUGGUAAGGAAUGAUUUGUGCAGGGAACUUAUUUUGCAAAGUAGAUCAUAUUUGCAGAACCAUUGAAUUGCGCCAAUAUGGUAUUUUCCGAACCAUUUGAAUUGUGUCGAUAUAGGGUCUUCGAAAAUGAAUGCAAUGAAAUUUUGUGUGCCAUGUUUAAAUCUUUCAGAAGUCAGAGAUGUCAGUUCUGCGUUUGGUACUUGCUGAUGAAUUUGAAGUUUAAAUCUUUGAGAGAUUGUUUUAGAGCACAUUGCGGACAAGUUGACAGAGAGCAUCAGCAUCAUGCAGUUUUUAUUUUUUCUCUGUUUUUUGGCCUUUUUAUAUCCUUUUUCCUUUAGUUCUCUACUUUUUGAGCAAACACAUCUUAUUUUCGGCUUUUUGAUCUUGAUUUUUUUCCCUCGCAUUUAGAUUGAAAGAUGACUUUUAAAACAAGCCAAUCCAUUCUGCUGAGUAUCUAACUUUGAAA